GGCGCAACUGUGUGUGUCUGAGGGUAGAUUAGUGUGUGUUAGAGCGAGAGAGAUAGAGAGGGAGAGGUGUAGCACAAACAGGUGUAUCCCAAACAGGUAAAGCUGCGCCUUCUUUUUUCUAAAGGGCAAACAUGGUGGCUGGUGCUUGACAAAACAACAUCUAACCAACCUGAGAGGAUUUACUCUUUCGACUCUUUGGACUGAGUUUAUACAGCUGUAACAUUUACGUUUCCCGCCCGGGGACUGGACUUUGUAAGGGAUCAAGGAUGGAGGCAUGAGUCCGCUUCAGGGUCUUCAUGCGUUCCUUUCAUUUAGGAUCCCCUUACCUGGACUGAUGAGCUUUGUUUCAGUGCUGAAAUUGUCCCAGCUUGUGCAGAGUUAGCGGUAACUGCCGGGGAAGAAUGACACCUCAGCUGAAAGGACUAUCUCCGUGUCUCUGUGUCCUCUGGAUCUGUGUUACAGUGAUACAGGGAGACUUUUUGGAUCUCCCUCCAGACAAACCCAUACUGUCCUUGGCAGAGGAGGAGACCGUCUUGCCCUGUCGCUACAAAGCCACCACUGAUGAAACUGUGGUGCAAAUCACCUGGUUUAAGGAGAAGCCCGAUGGCAACAGGGACCAGAUCAUCACUGCACACCGUAGUGAUGGACAGACAGCAUUUGGGCCGUGGUCUAGCCGCGUGCGCUUUAAAAGCGGUGAUCCAACCACGGACUCAUCUCUGGUCAUCAUGAGCACGGAGGUCUCUGAUGAGGGGUCAUAUAUGUGCCGCAUCAGCACCUACCCCAACGGCAACUUUGAGUCAGACAUGUCGCUCACCGUGUGGACUGUUCCCAUCUCCUCCUUGGAACCUGUGAUCCUGGUGGAGGGACAGUCCUACCGGCAGGCUGCUUCCUGUCGCUCUGUAGCCCGGCCACCUCCCCACCUCACCUGGGACACUGACCUGAACGGCCAGUCUGUCAAUCGCUCUUUGGACAAUGGGGCUGUCUCCUCACACUACUCCCUGCACCCCCUGAGGGGCAUGAACGGCAAGAAGCUGGACUGUCUGGUGUGGCAUCCGACUUUUAAGGGCCCCCGCAGGAUCCCAAACAAGCUGGUGGUGCACUUCCCUCCACAUGCAGAGGUGGCUGGCUACAAUGGCGACUGGUCUGAAAGAAUGGAGAAUGCUGCCCUGAGGUGUGUGAGCGGAGGAAACCCCAAACCAGAGAGUUUCACCUGGAUCAGGAUUGAUGGAGUUUUGCCAGAAGGUGUAAUCCUCCACCCUAAUGGAACACUGGCUUUUGGGCGACCCCUAAGCAUGACAGACAGGGGCAUCUACCAGUGUGUUGCGAAGAAUGACUACGUAGGAGUGGGGAAGGCGGAGGUGAAUGUUGACGUGGCAGAAACUCUCCCGGAGCCGAUGGAAAACAUGCUGAUGAUCAUUGUAGGGGCCGUGGCUGGGGGGCUGCUCAUCUUGAUGCUCAUCAUUGUCAUCUGCGUCACUUGCCAUCACAGACGCAAGAACAAGAAGCUGGAGAGGGAGCUGACUGAGAGGAAGGAGGAAAUAAGCACUCUUUCCAGGCAAGCUUCUUUCAGGAGAAUGAACUCUGUCAGCACAGAUACCAGAGGAGCGACAGAGGAAAACAUCCCUCUGAGGGUAGAGGGGACCAUAAGGACCAGCCUGUCUUCACUCGGGGAGCAGACUCACUGCCGUGACAGUCGAUCUACUAUCUCCGGAGGCCGGGGAGGAGGGGGGGCGUUUGACUAUCUUGGCAGACCAGUCCUGCAUAACAACUCGCGGAGGGGAAGAGAAAGGCUUCUGGACAGAGACGAGGAGAACCGACUCCGAGUGGAAACAUAUGUGAGAAACAGCAGUAUUUCUUUACAGGAAACCCGUUUCCACCCUCCUCUCACGCCAUCGCCCUUCCCGGUUGUACAGUCCACGGAGAUUGUAAGACAGCUAAACGGCAGCGCCAUUAUCCCAACUGAUGGUGGUUCACGGCCAGGGAGUGUCACUAAGAAUCAACAGCAUGCUCCGACAAGCUGCACCUACCCACUGGGGACAGAUGAUGAGGAUGAGGUAGACGAAGGUUUGGGGGGUCCUGCAAGUCAGGAGCAUCCUGAUGACCAGGACAGCGAGACCAAUAGCUCCCAAGUGUCCGAAGCUCACAGUGCACGCUUUCAGCAGACUAAUGGCAUAAUCAGACCCAAACCGCGGCCUGCUGUGGUCAGUCCCCAUGCCUCCCUGAUACACAAGGCCCAGAUCGUUUAGCAGGAGCUGGGAGAGAACGUUAAACUGCAAGAUUGACCAGCUCUGGUCCUGGAAACAGUCUGAAUGCGGAUACAAAGUUUGGUCAAAGCUCAGAAAACAAUGACUACAACACUGCAUCUUUUUUUAUUGUGGGAACAUGGUGCAAUAGAAUACAAGGACACAUGUACAAAAGCAUCCACUGGACAUUUCUGGACAUCUGAUAUCUGCCUGAUGUUCGGUGACAACAUUCUAUUCCCCGGAAUUUCUGACACAAACAAAGACAAUGUCACGAUGUUUCCGGUGCAGCUACUACAGCAGACAAUAUUCUUUGCUCCUAUUUCGCAAUACACUAUCUGCUGCUCUACCCGGCUGUAACCAACAGGUGAAUGCAGCUGACAUACCUUUUGUUGGGGGGGGUGUCGAAAGCACUCAAGGACAUGUACAGUAGGAUAUCAGGAAAUGCAGGAGUAGCUGAGGAGCCUGUGGGAAAGUUGGAUACAUCAGGAGUGUAGAUUGCAACACUCUGUACUGAGAGUCUGAACUGGAGUCGUGUUCAGUAUCUGUACUUGUGACGGUGCAUGUGUUAAGUUUCCUUGCACAACACAGUUUGGCAUCAGAUCCAAAACCCUUGCGUUGUUCCUCUAUUGCCACACCUGCAACAUUCCUACCUCCAUAUUGGGUUACUGUCGUGCCUUUGACUUAAGCACUUAGACAUUUUGGAUCAGAAAAGACUUCAUACUCCAGUCAAAGCACAGUGUGCAAUCCGCCCCCUGUCCCCAACCCCAACCCCCUCCAAUUUUUUUUAUUGGAGGUAAAUAUUAAUUUUGGUUUAACUAGCAUUAGAGAUGGUUGCAUUCGAUAUCAUGGACAGGCUAGAAAAUGUAUUAGUAAACAGUAGAAAGCAGCAUGGAGGUCAGUGAAAAUGUUAAAAUGGUUAUGUCUUUUCUAUAUCUCUAAAUUAUUUAGUCUCUCUCAAACUUUGUGCCGACUAGAUUUGGCUCGAUGUUUGAGUACUGCUUGGACGGAGCCAGAUGGUAUUUUGUGGUCACUGCAUCUCGCCAGUAAAGGGUAGAGGGUCUAAAAUAAACACAUCCACCUGGGUUUUUUUUUUUCAUUCAAGCUAGCAACACGCUACACUGGAAGUCAGUCACUCUGCUGGCGGACAUUACCUGCUCGGCCACAGUCUGCUGCACUCAGCUGCUGUAAAUCUCUAUCGCGCAUGUCCUGUGGGCCAGUAUAUAUGGGUAUUUUUUAUACUGAUGGUACACCUGGAAAAAGAGCUUCUUUUUUUGCCUUAUGCACCAAUGAGCAACUCUCAUAGGAAUAAAUGAGGCCCCGCCCCUAUGGCUGUAUCCAGACUUCCUAUAAUACAUCCAUGGGUGGUACGCAUAACAAGUCAUCAAAACGUCACACCCGUUACACCAACGACCCAAUCUCGGCAGCAAACCUUUAAUCGGCUUUUUUACUACCUCUGUUGCCAGCUUUAAGGCAAAAAAACUGUCCCCCCUGUUGUGAGAUCGUACUGUUUAUACAGACCAUCAAGGGGCAUAACGGCACUACAUUCCCAUUUUGAACAGUGUAUUAUAAAAGGGGCUAAUGUGUCCCUCAAACGUAAACUGUGUAUUUGUGAUUUUAAGGAAAAACCAUAUGAAUACAUAUAUAAACAUUAAAACAGGUUUGUUGUGGAACUCAAAAUGUUAACUGUAUCGGUAUUAGUCAUUGCACAUCAGAUAAUUACUGUUAUUAACUGUAAAAUAAGAAGACAAAGUAUAAAAGUAUACAAUUCCUUAACUCUACAUAUUAACAUAGCUUUCAAUUAGCCUACAUACAACAGCAUAAUGGAAUUCUUGAAAUUCAGUUAUGGCUUGUGGUUUUGGUGUGUCACCCCAAGAUUUGUGGCCCCAUGUGGCCACCUCUGAAAAUUUCUGGGCGCGCCACUUCCAAAAUCUAAGUAAUAUACGUGGUGUGUCCUAUAAUGAUACACUAAAUUUAAAAAGGUGUAUAUAUGUUGUGUGAAAGCUGGAAAAACUGCCAUAUGUUUGUAAAAUGUACUUUUAUUUCACUUAAUUUUUUUGUACUCGAUUAUGUGCUACUUUUAUGCGCCUCGACUUUUUCACUUGAGACUAUAGAGGCAAUCUAUAUGUUUUCCUCUGCCUGCUAGUUUUUUUUAAAAAACCAAGACAAGACAAUGACUUUUCAAAAAAAAAAAUUACAAGAACUGGUGAUUUUUAAUAUUGCGGCAAAACCAAACAUGUAUUAUUUAUCUGUAGAUGAAUAAUCGUAGAUACAUUUUGUAUAAUUGUAUGUUUUGGGCUCUGUUACAGCCACUGUGCCAAAGGGAAAAUAUAAAAAUAUCACUUUUGCCUUUUUUUUGUGGCAAAUAUGAAGUAUUAUUUGGUUCUUCACACAUGUAUUACACUGUCAGCGACUGUUUUGAUUUAUGUUAUCUUUUGUAAGUACAAAACAAAUAGAGACUGUGGCAUAUUUGAUUUACUGGCAGCCAACAGGUAAGAGCAGCAGAUGAAUGGUGUCAUGUGCAGGUUGUUUUUGUUGCAGACAGUGCCCCCUGAUGUGUACUGCUGGAAAGUGCAGGGACCUGAAUGAGCCUACCGCAAAACUACGCAACUAUGAACUACUGUGAUUUUGGGAAAUGAUCAUCCUGUUCACUUGCCCGGAUUUUCACUUGUUUUUAGGGCUUUGUAUGGGUAUCAGCUUGUAUUGAUGGGUUGAAAUAAAACUGCAUGUUUU